AUGGAGGAGGAGGGCGCGGUCGGCGAAUUGGAGGAGGAGGAGGAGGAGGAGGGCGCAGUCGACGAAUGGGAGGAGGAGGGCGCAGUCGACAUUGGCGUGUCUGACUCAGAGGAGGAGCUGGCGGUGCCUGCUCCGCGAUCAGCCAUUUUGCCCGCCGCUGCGGUGUUGCGCUCCAGCGCCGUCCGGAUGGGUGGCAACAGCAAGAAGUACGCGUUCGAGAACUUUGAGGACGGACUGUUUGAGGCUCGCGAGGUCAGCAUCGAGAAGCCGCCCGUCUACUUCCUCUCACGCGUCAACGAGCUGGGUGUGCUGACGAGCGUGAGCGAGCUCGGGCUGCUCUCUGCUGCUGCCGAAAAUGGUGUCUUCACCAAGCUCGAGAGCGUUGGCGCGUUCAGCGCCGUCGAGAGCUUGCUGAAGACCGGCAUCGUGGAGAAGCUCAAGCUGCUCUCGACCUUUGAGUCUCUCCUGGAUGUGGACGCCGGGCUCAUCUACACUGGGGCAAACUUUUGUCUCGCCCUGCUGCCCACCGUCGUGACUCUCGAGAUUUGCGGCUUCCUCCCAAAGCAUGGACCCGGCGUCACCGCGGUCGAGAGUCUCUUCUGCCUGAGCACGGGCGCCGUCGGCGUCGCUCUCUUUGUCGCAGCCUUUUUGAUUGGCGUCCUGCAAGAGGACCCGGAGGACACGCGCAUCUUCAAGUGA